AUGAGGCUGAAAGGUUUGUUUUUGUUUAAGGAUGAGCACCUGCACGAGGUUGUGAAGAUGCUGCUGGGAGAGGAAAUUGUCCAUGUAAGUCAUCGCUAUAGGAUGAACAUGGAGGCAUAUUCGUUGAUUGCGGCUUGGGGUUUCCAGUUUGAGGCUGAGGUGGACAAGGUGAAAAAUGCCUUGAGAGUUGUAAUUGACUCAAGGUAUAUGUUAAAUAUGGAUAGUGUGUGUGCUCGUGUGGUCCCAAUGUUGGGCAUUGUUCCUGAGGCAGGGGUGUAUGUGCUUAAUUUGGCUCCUCAAGGCAUUUAUACAAGUGGUUGUGGAAGUUCUGCAGUUGGUUUGACUACUUAUGUAUCAAAGGACCCUGAAACUGGUGAAAUAAUUCUAGAAAGUGGAGCACUGGUAUUGAGUGAUAGGGGUAUUUGUUGCAUAGACGAGUUUGACAAGAUGCCAGAUACUGCUAGUAGCAUGUUACACGAGGUUAUGGAACAACAAAUAGUGUCAAUUGCAAAGGCUGGGAUCAUAGCAUCUCUUAAUGCAAGGACAUCGGUUUUAGCUUGUGCCAAUCCUAGCGGUUCACACUACAAUCCUAGACUUUCAUUUAUUGAUAAUAUCCAACUUCCUCCAACAUUGUUUUCCAGGUUUGAUAUGAUCUACCUAGUGCUUGAUAAAGCUGAUGAUCAAACAAAUCGACGCAUUGCAUUAUGA